CAAGACAAAACCCUGAGUUUCUUUCGUUCUUCUCCAUCUUCCUCUCUCGGGCAGCUUCCAUUACUGCAAAAACCAGACCUCCAACAGCUUCACAAGGAGUCCUAAAGCCAUGAAUGCCCCCGACCGAUAUGAGCGUUUCGUCGUUCCAGAGGGGACUAAAAAGGUCUCAUACGAAAGAGACACCAAGAUUAUAAAUGCGGCGUCGUUUAUCAUUGAAAGGGAGGAACAUACAAUUGGAAACAUCUUGCGAAUGCAGCUUCAUAGAGAUGAAAAUGUGUUGUUUGCUGGAUAUAAGCUUCCUCACCCUUUGAAGUAUAAAAUCAUUAUCCGGAUCCAUACUGCUAGCCAAUCGUCGCCGAUGCAAGCAUAUAAUCAAGCCAUCAACGAUUUGGAUAAGGAGCUUGAUCACUUGAAAAAUGCACUUGAGGCUGAGUUCGCAAAGUUCUCAAGGGACUAUUGAUUUGGCUUUGAAAAAAAACUUGGUGGAGCUCAGUUCAAGAUGCAGACACAAGACAAUUGGUAGCUGACAUGAAAUGUAUUUCCAACAACUUUGCUUUGUUUUCUUUAAGGUUGCUGAAACCAUCUUGUAACUUCGCUUAACUAUUUUUGGUAUGAGACUCUGCAUUUAAAUUAUAUAUAUAUAUAUUUGAAGUA